GUUGCGUCUCUAGAGCCGCACACCUCUAAACGCAGUCAAAUGGCGCCGCUCCAAGGACUCACAGCGAACAGCUCGACCAGCCUUAUUUUAAUUAGAGCAUAAACCGCUUCUCUGGGAUUUUAUGUAUUCUCUUUCUUUGCUGGCUUGCGAGCCAUGCUAUCUCAAUUUAUCUGCGACGAAUGCGGACAUAUAGGAAGCCAUUGCGCUUAGUUGUACGUGGAGCUGCUGUUAGUCCAAUAACGGAUUGACAGCUGAUAUAUUCAACCCAAGUGUCCCAGAUCCGUGAACCAUGAGCAGCUCUCGCUAUGAACCCAGCUGGGACGUGGACCUGGCGCCCCUUCUGUCCUGUAAACUGUGCCUGGGAGAAUUUCCUCUGGAACAGAUGACCACCAUCUCCCAGUGCCAAUGCACAUUCUGCAGUCUGUGUUUGAAGCAAUAUGUUGAGCUGCUCAUUAAAGACGGCCUUGAAACAGCUAUUAGCUGUCCAGACUCUACCUGCCCAAAACGGGGACAUUUACUGGAAAAUGAGAUUGAAUGUAUGGUGGCUGUUGAGAUCAUGCAACGUUAUAAGAGACUCCAGUUUGAGCGAGAGGUGCUCCUGGAUCCUAGUCGGACCUGGUGCCCAUCCUCCUCAUGCCAAGCGGUGUGCCAGCUGAAAGAGGCAGAGGUGCAAAUGCCGCAGCCAGUGCAGUGCCCUAAGUGCAACUUGCGUUUCUGCUCUGCCUGCAGGGAAGACAGCCACACAGGACAGGCAUGUCAAGAGAGCCUUCCAAUUGCCACCUUCCUGCCUGGGGAAAUUAGCUCCCACCUCAAGAAUCAGGAUGACGAGGCUCCGAUCAAACGCUGUCCUAAAUGUAAAGUGUACAUUGAGAGAGACGAGGGCUGUGCCCAGAUGAUGUGUAAGAAUUGUAAGCAUGCCUUCUGCUGGUACUGCCUGGAGUCACUGGAUGAUGACUUCUUACUGAUCCACUAUGAUAAAGGACCAUGCCGGAACAAACUAGGUCAUUCCCGUUCCUCCGUCAUCUGGCAUCGGACACAGGUUGUAGGGAUCUUUGCUGGCUUUGGUUUACUCUUGCUAGUGGCCUCCCCCUUCCUUUUGCUGGCCACUCCCUUUGUGCUCUGCUGCAAAUGUAAGUGUAAACGUGGCGAUGAUGACCCUCUACCUACCUAGAGAUCCAUCCUUCAAGAGGUCACUUUUGGCACAGUCGAGAAUCCCAUCUCUGAGCUCUCUUUGUAACUCCAGCAGGGGUGUGUUGAUGGUGAAAGAAUUAGCUCUUCUGUCUAUGAGACUGCAUAUUUCUGCUGAAUUAAAAUGUGGACUGACAUUGAAAGGAGUUUUGGAGAAGCAGAGAAGCUGAUUGGAUGAGCCAUUUGAGGCAGGCUGAAUGUGUUUGCAAGCAAGCACUUCUAUGAAGCAGGACAAAGUUUGUUUUGGAGGGUUUGAUCUUCUUCGAUUCCUGUAUGACAUACAGCUGUCUUUAUUUAUACACUUGUCUUGUAAUUUUUCUCAUUCAAUAUUUCAUCACCUUGUAUUAUUAAAGUAUUUUUUAUGUUGUUUAUCAAGUAUAUAACAAAUACCAAUUCUACUGACUACAGACUUCAAGGGCACCUUUUAGCAAGGAGAGGAUCAAGUUAUGUGGUUUCAUGCUUUUCUUGUAGCAAAGUCACGUAACCUCAAUAUUUCUGGCAAUUUGUCUUGUCUGGUUGCAUAUGCAUGCUGAAGACUGAGCACGUAUUGAACAGGCCCAGGAUUUCAAACAUUAGAACCUCUCUACAUUCUUCCACUAUUAAAUGCAUCUUAUAAGCUUUUUCUUGGGUCAGUAAAACCUUGUUGUUCCAUUUGAAUCUACUUAGACAUACCUCAAAUGUAGCAGAUGCGCCACCUGAUGCCUUGUCAAAGCUUGUAGGCUUGGGUGUUGCCAAAAUAUUUCUUAUUUUCACUCAGUUGGUUACAUAUCAAUCUAACCAUUUAUAACAAAGUUAUCACAAAUGUGUCAUAAAAAAAUAAGCUAUUUUUUAAUGCUUUUCAAAUAUCAAAAGUUGUCAUUGAUGUCAUGUGAAGAUUAAUUCUGUAGAUAUUAAACGUAUGUCUUUUGUUUAUAUUUCCCACCCAGAAAGUUGUUAGAAUGCAACAACAAUUUCAAAUACAACCUGCAUUAUAAUGUGCAUACCAAUUUAGGUCAGACUAAUCAGGCCAGUAAGACUUAACUUUGUACUUUUCAGGUCACUCUAAGAGUAAAGAAUAUUUAUUUUAGUUUUUUUUCUUCUUCUUUUUUGGAGUAAUACUUCUGGGAAUAGUUUGCCAAAUAUUAUGUUAUAAGCCCAUUAGUAAUAUUUGGUUGAUGAAUAGGGUACACCUAUUUUUGUUCAUAUAGCCUACCUUCAGCUAAAUAUGCCUUUGUUUUUUCCACAUUUUGUAAAUUCUCUUUGUAAGUGUUUCAACACUUUUUGUAACUGUAACUGUAUAUAAUGUGUAUUUACGUUUUUCACCUUGAAAUAUAUUAUUAUGCUGAAUUACGCUCCGUUUGG